AAACAAACAAUUUAUAUGAGUUGUUGUUGUAGUAUAUGGAAAUGUCGAUUCUUCAAUAAACCACCAUACAAAAAAUAUCAUAACAUAUUUUACUUGUACAACACGUUUCCCAAAUUUUGUUUCAUAUGGUACAAGGUAAUUAAAUUAAUGGCAAGUAAUAAUGGUAGUUAUAAGAACACAGAAACAUCACGCAAGGUAAUGGUGGUAGCUGAUCCAACACGUGAAUCAGCUGGUGCACUUCAAUAUGCACUUUGCCAUGCUGUGAUGGAACAAGAUGAAUUGAUUCUAUUACAUGUUCUUGAGAAUCCAAAUUCAUGGAGAAACACACUUUCAACUUUUCUUAAGAUGCCUUCAUUAGGAACAUCAACAACUGCUUCAAUGAUUGAUUUUGGAGGUGGUGGUGGCGGUGGCGGUGGUGGAGAUCAAGGUGAAGGUGUUGUUGAUUUUCUUGAAGAAAUGAAGAAGGCUUGUAUGGUUUCUCAACCUAAAUUGAAAGUUCGUGUGUUGAAGGUUGAAAUGGAUAAUGGCAAAGAUAGGGCUAAUACUAUUCUUUCACAUAUCAUUAAUCAAGGGGUUCAUGUUGUAGUUAUAGGCCAAAAACGCACUCUUUCUUCCACAUUAUUAGGAUAUAAACGACCUACAGGAGGAUCAUUGAAAGGGAUAGACACAGCAGAGUAUUUGAUCCAAAACACACCUUACACCAGCACAUGUGUUGCAGUUCAGAGAAAAGGUCAAAAUGGAGGCUAUGUUCUCAAUACUAAAACACAGAGAAACUUCUGGCUUUUAGCCUAACUAUUAUGAAGGUUUUCAAUUUUUAUGCAUUCACAUAUAUAGAGAUAUAUAUGGAUCCCUCAGGCACCCUUCUUGGCAGAAACAUUUUUUUUAAUUAAAUGUAUGGGAUUGUAUAUGGUUGUUUCCUUAUAGAGAUUUAAGGAGAUUUGUUUAAAUAGGCUAAGCUUACAUUAUUAUUCUUUAGAUACUCAAAUUAUUGUUGAAUGAAAUCAUUUGAAAAAAGUAGAUGUAGUUUUAUCAUGUUUUUCAAAAAUUGAUGUAUAAUGAUUUGAGUGUUUAUAUUAAUAUUCUAGAUUUAGUGAAAUUGGUAAGAUUUAUCUUGCUACUACUGUAUUUUAUAAAUGGUACUAUGAACCAUGGAUGGAUGUUAUGUUAUUCACAUUUUUGAGAAAGUGAAUAAAACACCAAAUGUUCUUAUAGAUCAAAAGAAAAAACAAAUUCAGUUCAAGCUCAA